AGAUUCCCAGGUUGAUACAGAGCUCCCUCCCAGAACUCUGCCAUGUAUAUAAACUCUGAGCUCUCCAAAGCCCACUGUCAGUUCUCUUCGUGGACUAACUGCAACGGAGAGACUAGAGAUGAUUCCUCUCUUACCCAUAUUUUCUCUGUUCUUGCUCGUUGUGGUUAACCCUGCAAAUGCCAAUGGUCAUUAUGACAAGAUCUUGGCUCACAGCCGUAUCAGGGGCCGGGAUCAGGGCCCAAAUGUCUGUGCCCUUCAACAGAUUUUGGGCACCAAAAAGAAAUACUUCAGCACUUGUAGGAACUGGUAUCAAGGUGCCAUCUGUGGAAAGAAAACGACUGUGUUAUAUGAAUGCUGCCCUGGUUAUAUGAGGAUGGAAGGAAUGAAAGGCUGCCCAGCAGUUAUGCCUAUUGACCAUGUUUAUGGUACCCUGGGCAUUGUGGGAGCCACCACCACGCAGCGUUAUUCUGAUGUCUCAAAACUGAGGGAAGAGAUCGAAGGAAAGGGGUCAUUCACUUACUUCUCACCAAGUAACGAGGCUUGGGACAACCUGGAUUCUGAUAUCCGUAGAGGUUUGGAGAGCAAUGUAAAUGUUGAAUUACUGAAUGCUUUACAUAGCCACAUGGUUAAUAAGAGAAUGUUGACCAAGGACUUGAAAAACGGCAUGAUUGUUCCUUCGAUGUAUAACAAUUUGGGGCUCUUCAUUAACCAUUAUCCUAAUGGGGUUGUCACUGUUAACUGUGCUCGAAUCAUCCAUGGGAACCAGAUUGCAACAAAUGGUGUUGUGCAUGUCAUUGACCGUGUCCUUACACAAAUUGGUACCUCAAUUCAGGACUUUAUUGAAGCAGAAGAUGACCUCUCAUCUUUUAGAGCAGCUGCCAUCACAUCUGAUAUACUGGAGGCCCUUGGAAGAGAUGGUCACUUCACACUCUUUGCUCCCACCAAUGAAGCUUUUGAGAAACUUCCACGAGGGGUUCUAGAAAGGAUCAUGGGAGACAAAGUGGCUUCGGAAGCUCUCUUGAAGUACCACAUUUUAAACACCCUCCAGUGUUCCGAGGCUAUCAUGGGAGGAGCAGUAUUUGAGACUCUGGAAGGAAACACAAUUGAGAUAGGAUGUGAUGGUGACAGCGUAACAGUAAAUGGAAUCAAAAUGGUGAACAAAAAAGAUAUUGUGACAAAUAAUGGUGUUAUCCAUUUGAUUGAUCAGGUCCUGAUUCCUGAUUCUGCCAAACAAGUUAUUGAGCUAGCUGGAAAUCAGCAAACCACUUUCACAGACCUUGUGGCCCAAUUAGGCUUGGCAUCUGCUCUGAGGCCAGAUGGAGAAUACACUUUGCUGGCACCCGUGAAUAAUGCAUUUUCUGAUGAUACUCUGAGCAUGGAUCAGCGUCUUCUUAAAUUAAUUCUGCAGAAUCACAUAUUGAAAGUAAAAGUUGGCCUUAAUGAGCUUUACAAUGGACAAAAACUCGAGACCAUUGGCGGCAAACAGCUCAGAGUCUUCGUGUAUCGCACAGCUGUCUGCAUUGAAAAUUCAUGCAUGGUGAGAGGAAGCAAGCAAGGAAGAAACGGUGCCAUUCACAUAUUCCGAGAGAUCAUCAAACCAGCGGAGAAAUCCCUCCAUGAAAAACUGAAACAAGAUAAGCGUUUCAGCAUCUUCCUCAGCCUACUUGAAGCUGCAGACUUGAAAGAGCUCCUGACACAGCCUGGAGAUUGGACCUUGUUUGUGCCAACCAACGAUGCCUUUAAGGGAAUGACUAAUGAAGAAAAGGAAAUUCUUAUUCGGGACAAAAAUGCUCUUCAAAACAUCAUCCUUUAUCACCUGACACCAGGAGUUUUCAUUGGAAAGGGAUUUGAACCUGGUGUUACCAACAUUUUAAAGACCACACAAGGAAGCAAAAUCUUUCUGAAAGGAGUGAAUGAUACACUUCUGGUAAACGAAUUGAAAUCAAAAGAAUCUGACAUCAUGACAACAAAUGGUGUCAUUCAUGUUGUAGAUAAACUCCUCUAUCCAGCAGACACACCUGUUGGAAAUGAUCAGCUGCUGGAAAUACUUAAUAAACUGAUCAAAUACAUCCAAAUUAAGUUUGUUCGUGGUAGCACCUUCAAAGAAGUCCCCAUAACUGUCUACAGACCCACAAUAACAAAGGUCAAAAUUGAAGGUGAACCUGAAUUCAGACUGAUUAAAGAAGGUGAAACAGUAACUGAAGUGAUCCAUGGAGAGCCAAUUAUUAAAAAAUACACCAAAAUCAUUGAUGGAGUGCCUGUGGAAAUAACUGAAAAAGAGACAAGAGAAGAACGAAUCAUUACAGGUCCUGAAAUAAAAUACACUAGAAUUUCAACUAGUGGUGGAGAAACAGACGAAACUCUGAAGAAAUUGUUGCAAGAAGACACACCUGUGAGGAAGAUACAAGCCAACAGAAGAAUUCAAGGAUCUAGAAGACGAUCAAGGGAAGGUCGUCCUCAGUGAAAAUCCAGACACCAGACAACAAAGUUUACAAAGCCCUAAAUCAACAACCUGAUCUUAAAGGAAAAAUAUGAGAGCCACGCUGACGUGAAGAAAUGAACCACCAACACAAAAAAGCAAUCACUGAACAAUUCUGAAUGCAAAUAUAGUAUUUUUUUUUCUGAAUGAGAAACAGAAGGGAAGUUGUGGGUUUAGCCUCCUGUGGGAUAGAAUCUGAGGGAAACGUUAACACCUUACAGGCUUUUACAUCUUGACAUUAAAAUUUCUGGCUAACUCUGGAAUCCAUGAGAGAAAAUCCUUGCCACUGGAUUAAUCACAGUUCAAAUCUCAGCGUGGUGAGCUGUUAUCCCCUUGAGAAGAUUGAACCUUGAAUAAUGGAUAGAUAAAAUGCAUGCAAGGAGUUACCUCUCAAUGGGAAAUGGAUAAAUAAAAAUGGGUGCUCAGUAUUAAAAAAAAUAAUAACAAAACCAAAACUUUUAUAUCAAAAAGCUUUGCACAUUUGUAAAACAAUGUGGGUUUACCAGAAAAUUAUGUUAUUUCUACAACUAAUUUUGUACUCUUGAAAUGUUUGUCUUAUGCUUCUUGCAAUACAUAUUUUUAUCUCAAACAUUUCAAUAAAUCCAUUUUUCAGAUAUAAAAAGAAUUACUUCAAAGUGGGUAAUUCAAAAAACUCAAGGUUUAAGUUAAUAAGAGGUUUGGACUUGGGAACAGGACUUUAUACCUCUUUUUUUUUUAAUAACAAAUACUCAUUAAAGGAAAUUGAAUGAA